GGAGUGUAAUGUUGUCAGGGUAUGCGAGGGCUGGGGAAAUUGACGUGGCUCAAAGGUUAUUUGAUGAGAUGCCCAAUAAGGAUUUGGUUGCAUGGACAGUUUUGAUUGGUGUAUAUGUGCAGGCAGGUAGAUAUAAUGAGGCACUUCGGUUGUUUGAGGAGAUGGAAGCGACAGGACUUGAGGCUGAUGAGGUGACAGUUGUCACAGUGCUUUCAGCUUGUCUCCAGCAUGGUGCGAUUGGUCUGGCAAAAAGGCUUCAUCGUCAUAUGAACCAGAAUGGACUGAUUAGCAGAAAUGCAAGAGUCGCCACCAGUUUCGUGCACAUAUAUGCAAAGCAUGGGUGCAUACAGACAGCUAUGGAUGUGUUUCGUGGAGUUUGUGAUGAAUUCAAGACCGUCGAGUUGUUUAAUGCUAUGAUACAUGGACUUGCUCACCAUGGUUAUGGCGACAAAGCUAUUUCACUUCUUGAUGAAAUGGAAUCACUGGGGCUCCAUCCUGAUGAGACCACAUUUGUGGGUGCCUUGUGUGCAUGCAGUCGCAGUUGCUUGGUCAUGCAAGGGCGUGAAAUGUUCAAUUCAAUGUUGGACAAGUACGGUGUCAAACCAGAUGCCAAGCAUUAUGCUUGCAUGGUUGAUCUCCUUGGAAGAGCUGGACAGCUUGACGAUGCUUACAGAUUUAUCCAAAAUAUGCCUUGUGAAGCAAAUCAUGUGAUAUGGUCAUCUCUUCUGACAGCUUGCAAGAUCCAUGGAAAUAACAAGAUUAGAAAGCUUGCGGAGAAGCAACUUCUCAAAUUAGAUACUACCUACAAGCCUGAAAAGCUAACUUUAUCUGGUUUAUUUUCUGAUGAGAAGAGGAAAGAGGUAGCUGCAAGGGUGAGAAAGGUUAUAAGGUGCAAAUCUGAGCACAGGCAAACCCGCUAAAAAUGGCAUGGAAUGGUAACGUUCAUCUGAUUACAAUUAUCGGUACUUCCCAGAUCCAAUCUCAGGCAAAGGUUAUUCAUUAUUGUAAUCCUUGCCAUUACCAAUCCCUUUGUAUGUGUGGAUAUAGGUUAGGUUUGAAGACCCAAGACCCUAAGGUCGGUGUUCCCCAGGAAGAAGGCAUAACUGUUCUCGAAGAGUAACUUGAGUAGGCUUUCAAAGAAGGUGAUGGCCAACCACAAGGAAAGCUAACAUUUUUGCUUAUUUCUUCACCUCUUGCUCUCAGUAUAACUUAUGAUCAGAGCCUUCCUGGAUAUGUGAACUAUCAAGGCCAACUCAAGGUAGGGCAUAAGUGAUCAUGGGAAAGCAGGAACAGUGCAAGGUUUAUGGUUCGAAGACUUAUGUUUUGAAGUUUGAUAUGCACUGCCAAUGCAAUGGUUGUAUCAAGAAGAUCAAUGAUGGGGUGAAGGAAAUUAGCCUUUCAGAAGAGGUGGAGAGGGCUGAUCUUUUAAUAGAGACAGGAGAGGUGACAGUUUCUGGGAGAAUGGACCCGGAGAAACUCUGUUCUCUGUUGCAUGGGGUGACAAAGAAGUAUGUGGAAAUAGUUACUCAAAGCACCCUAUCUGAAGGACACACUGCAUCAUCUCAGGAAAACAAGAACGUAUAUGGUCAGGCGCCUCCUGCCUUCCCCGUAACCCCGAGCGCCCCGCCGUUGCCGGAGGAGGCAUGGAGCAGCGGGACGGUGCCUUCAGAUCGAUGCUGGUACCGGUGGUCGGCGCCCUCGAGCUCGUACGGCGUGUGGACUGCAUCGGACAUCGCCGCGACGCUGGCCAUGUACGAGCUCUGAGCUGCAUAUCCGCACCUGCCCGCAGAUGCCGUUGAUGGACCAGUUGCUUGCUUGCUUGCUUCAUAGACUGAUGGGUUUGUGACUUUGAAAGAUGUGGGAUGGUUCUGUUUUGCUUCGUCGCAGCAUCUGUAACUACUGUAUAAUCUAAAUUUCUUUUAAGGGCUGUGUUUAGUUCCAAAA